GGAGGAGGAGGAAGAGGCAGCUUCGUUGCCACGGCGCUGAUUCUUUUCAGUCUUCCACCUUUUUUUUAUUAAUCCUUCCUCUCUCCUCCAAAACAUCUUCUUCUUCUUCUUCUUCUUCCCUCGUCGUUCCUGCUCACCUCCUUCUCCUCUCUUCAUCAUCAUCUUCAUCAUCUCCAGGCAGCGCAGAAGACACAUCACUCCGAGAAUGAUGGGGUUGCCCGUGGCGCCGCCCUCCCUGUCGCCAUGACGAUGCCCUUCAGCCCCCUGUCUAGCGACGAGGAGCACCAAAAGAUGCUGGGAAACAACCGGCAUCUCUAUCCAGGGGCGGACGAGGAAGAGGAGGAGGAAGAGGAAGAGGAGGAGGAAAUGGAGGGAAACGAGCGCGACGAGGACGGCGAGGAGGAGAACGGCGAGCUGGAGGAAGACGAGGAGGAGGAAAUGGCGGAAGAGACCCGGCGUGGAGGCCCCUCGCGGGCGGGCAGGGCCGAGGGUCAGAGGCAGUCGGUCAAAGUGGUCGGACGACCCGGAGACAGACAAGUCCGACACGGAAACCCGGGACACGCGGCCAACCCCUACUCGUCCAAUCCGGGCGCCGCGCACCAGCAGCCGGCCAAUCAGCAGCAGAGGAGGCUGAAGGAGCGCACGCCCAGCUCGGUGCCGCCUGAGGACGCCCACGUCGCCAUGAUGGUGUUCCGUAUUGGCAUCCCGGACAUCAAACAAACCAAAUGUCUGCGCUUCAACCCGGACGCCACCGUGUGGAAGGCCAAGCAGCAGGUGUUGUGCUCGCUGACGGAAUCCCUGCGAGACGUCCUCAACUACGGCCUCUUCCAGCCCGCCACCGACGGCCAUGACGCCAAAUUCCUGGAGGAGGAGAGGCUGCUCAAAGAGUACCCCCAGUCUUUUGAGAAAGGGGUGCCAUACUUGGAGUUCCGAUACAAGACAAGAGUGUACAAGCAGACGAACCUGGAUGAGAAGCAGCUGGCCAAACUGCACACCAAGGCCAGCCUGAAGAAAUUCAUGGACUACAUCCAAACCAGCGCCGUGGACAAGAUGAGCAAGUUCUUAGACAAGGGGCUGGAUCCCAACUACCAGGAUGCUGAUACCGGCGAGACUCCUCUGUCCCUGGCCGUGCAGUGUGAGCCCGGUGGAGGCGAAUCCAUUCGGGUCCUGGUGGAGGGGGGCGCCCACAUCGACUUCCGUGCCAAAGAUGGGCUCACGCCGCUCCACAAGGCUGUCCGAGGCCACCGCCAUAUUGCUCUGCUGGUCCUGCUGUCUCUGGGCGCCUCUCCAGACUACAAGGACCGGCGGGGGCUGACGCCGCUAUACCACACUGUGCUGACAGGGGGUGACACCUCCUGCUGUGAAACACUGCUUUACCACCACGCCAAGUUAGGCAUCAGGGACGAGAACGGCUGGGACGAAACACAUCAGGCCUGUCAGAACGGCAACUCGCAGCAUUUGGAGCACCUCCUCUUCUACGGGGCGGACUCGUCCUUCCAGAAUGCUUCUGGAAACACUGCCUUGCACAUCUGUGCUUUAUAUAACAAGGAAAGCUGUGCACGAAUUCUGCUCUACCGAGGAGCAAGCAAAGACACAAAGAACAACAGCGGCCAAACACCAUUUCAGGUGGCCGUCAUGUCGGGUCAUUUUGAGCUAGGCGAGAUCAUCAAAAACCACCGGGACACAGAUGUAGUUCCCUUCGUGGAGUCCCCAAAGUACGCCCCCCAGAGGCGAGAGAGCACACGCACGCUGACGGUGCCCCACCCUCACCCUUUCCUGCGAGCCAACAGCGACAGCAGCAUGAACCUACCAGACUGGAUGGCGAUGCCCAACUCUCUGAGCACCAACAUCGUCUCUGUGCAGGGAUUCAAGCACACAGGAACUAUACGCAGCUCCAGCAGUCCCAGAGGGGCCAGGACACGCUCCCCGUCCCGAGGCAGGAUCGGGGACAAGGAGGACCGGAGCCGACAAAGUCGGAAACAAGGGCCCGCUCCUGCCGGCACCGCCACUCAAACAGCAGGCCAGCGGCGACGCCUCUACAGCGCCGUGCCCGGACGCGUCUUCGUGGCCACCAGAUCGCACUCAGCCCAGGGAGAGCGAGAAAUCGGCUUCAGCAAGGGGGACCGGGUCAAAGUGUUGAGCGUUGGCGAAGGCGGCUACUGGGAGGGGACGGUCCGCGGCCGCACCGGCUGGUUCCCCUCAGACUGUGUGGAGGAAGUGCUGCUUCGAAGUCAGGACAGCCGAUCAGAGAGCCGUGGCGAGCGGGCCAAGCGUUUGUUCCGCCAUUACACUGUGGGUUCCUACGAUAGCUUUGACGCUCCCAGUGACUACAUAAUCAAGGAGAAGACGGUGCUUUUGCAGAAGAAGGACAGCGAGGGUUUCGGCUUUGUGCUGAGAGGAGCCAAAGCUCAGACUCCAAUUGAGGAGUUCACCCCCACGCCUGCCUUCCCCGCCCUGCAGUACCUGGAGUCGGUGGACGAAGGGGGCGUGGCCUGGCGAGCCGGUCUCAGGAUGGGAGACUUCCUCAUAGAGGUCAACGGUCAGAACGUGGUGAAGGUGGGCCACCGGCAGGUCGUCAACAUGAUCCGGCAGGGCGGCAACAGCCUCAUGGUCAAGGUUGUCAUGGUAACUCGCAACCCCGACAUGGAGGAGGCGGCCAGGAAGAAAAUCCCCCAGCAGAGCAAGAGGCUAAGCACACCCGCCAUCGCCCUGCGCUCCAAGUCCAUGACCUCGGAGCUGGAGGAGAUGGCUGCUACCCCGUGGAAAAAGAAAUCAGAAUUCGAGUCCUCCCAAGUCGCAGAGAAGAAGAGGACAGUCUAUCAGAUGGCUUUAAGUAAGGCCCAUCAUCUUCAUGUCCGCAAUUCCUCGUCCUGUCAUCCGCCACCAUCCACCAUGUUCUUUUCCCGUGCCCCGUUUCGUCCAUUUUUGUCGCUGUCCCUUUUUUUCUGUUUCAUUGUCCUGUCUUCCUCUUUCUCUUUUCCCGCCCUCCCCCCCGUCCGUCUCUCCCUCCUCUUCCUCUCAGAUAAAUUAGAUGAAAUUCUUGCAGCGGCUCAGCAGACAAUCAGCACCAAUGAGGCACCGGGGACGCGGGGACAGGGGCCAAAAAGGGACAGGGGACGUAGUUUCUAUAGCAACGAGCCAAACUUCACAGACCAGACCGGGUUAGGGGUGACGUCGUCUGGUCUGGGUCUGGGCUACGAACGCGGCCAGUAUUCCUCCGGUCAUGGCCCGCCCCACGGUAUGCUGCGGCAGAAGUCCAUCGGGACUCUGGAGGAGGAGAGGCAGUUUCUGCAUCCUCCAGCCAUUAAGUUUGCUCGCAGUCUGUCAGUGCCUGGCCCGGACGACAUCCCGCCGCCCCCGACCACGGCCCCGCCGGAGCCUCCCUUCUCCUCUGCUCCCCCCCUCGGUUGGAGAGCUAAGUCGUCUCAACAGCCCUCUGUGUCACAAUCCACGGCCACCCCCUCGCACUACCAGCCAUAUUCCCAGGCGGCAGUACACUUCACCCAUGUGGGCCGGGAGAGGCCUGGCGGUCCCGGUGCUUCCCCAGGUGGGGGCGCAGCAGUAGAACACACAGCUUUCUAUUCCCAUGUAGGCGCACAUGCCGCCCAAAGCAGGACUACUACACGAAAAGUUGCGUCUACUGGGGAGCCUUCGGGAGGGUUCAAAGCAGCUGGUCUUAGAAGAGGCUACAACAGCGCCAUCCCACAGUCCAGCAUUGCGACCGUCAUGCCACAACAACAACAAACAGGUCAGAGCCAACCGCAGCGAGCCGAGCGCAGUGCGGGAGGAGCAGGGGGCCCUAAAGGGGGCGCCCGGAGAGGCAAAGGUCCUUUGGUGAAACAAUCAAAGGUGGAGGACUUGCGCGCCAACCAGGGCACACUGGGGGGAAAAGUGGAGAAAAGCUCCAUCCCAAUCCCCACCAUCAUCGUCAAGGCUCCCUCCACUAGCAGCAGUGGGCGCAGCAGCCAGGGCAGCAGCGUGGAGGCCGACGCGCCCGCAUCAGGGGAGGCGGACGAUGCCAAAACCCACGGCCCUCCUCCCCCUGCUCCAACUCCAGAUCCCCCUGCACCACCCUCCGUCCCCGCACCUCCGCCUCCAUCAUUUACCUCCAUGAGAGCCCAGGACGGGCUGGACUUCACCAGCCAGUUUGGAGCAGCUGUUGUUGGCGCGGCUCGCAGGGACCGAGAGCGCUUUCUCCAAGCCCGUAGAAAGAGCGCCUCCUUGUUCAUGUCUGCUGAUGAGGACAUGGUUCUCGGGGGGGAUGAAGUAGGAGGACUAACACGGACUCACGUGUCCCAGCAGCAGCUUAACACACAAGAAAGUUCUUCAUCUAAGCUACGACCGUCAAAGUCCAUCGACGAGGGCAUGUUCUCUGGCGACACCUUCAUCCACCACACCCGCAGCAUGCCUCCAGCCUUUGGCUUACCCGAGUACUCCUCGUCUGCCCAUGACUAUCAGCCCAAGUCUGUGCCUGCUGACCUGUACACCGCCACAGGAAGGCAGCCGCCGCCCCACUCCACCACCUUUAUUCACCCCCUGACAGGAAAAGCUCUCGACCCCACAUCACCGCUUGGCCUUGCCCUGGCAGCCAGAGAGCGUGCUCUGCGGGAUGACAGCAGGGUAAGAAGGGGGCCGGAGCACCCCUUCGUUCGCCAGAUGUCCAAUGUGGUCUUCCCUUCGUCUUCUGUCACCUCACAGCCGGUGUCUUCCUCUGCACAGUCCUCCAGCUCCUACUUAGUCACCUCUUCCUCUCUGGCUGCCACCACUCCUUCUGUCGGCCGCCCGCCGUCGCCAAGAAUCCUCAGAGGUGUCGGGGGAGUCUGGGGUGAGGAGAGCGGUAGCGGAGUGGAAAGGGAACGGGAAGGGGGAGGAGCCCGUGAGGGCCUAAGAGUUCGCUUCUCAGAGGACAAAACGGUCCACACGCACCACUACCAGUCUCAGCCAUAUCAGCCCAGCUAUAAGGACAGGGAGCGGGAGCGGGAGGCCUCCAGGGAGCAAGAACGGGAGAAAGAGAGGGAAGGUUACAUGAGGAGAGCGGAGCAGGUCGCUAAUGAGCAGGGAUCCCAGCAGCCUCGACGACCCACAUUUCUCAGGAUGGAGAGUCAAACAGAUGCCUACAUCUUGUCCCGUACGACUCCCUCGACUACCAGUACUCAACAGGCAGUAAACACUACUGGGAACUCUGGCCUAAUGGUCCUUCCUCCGCCCGCCCCCUCGGUGGACGCGGACGAUGAGUUUGUCUACGCUGACCCCCUGCCCCCGCCAUUAGAGUUCGCAAACAGUUUCGACAGGGCAGUGUCAGGGUACUCGCAACGUCGACUUCUUCCAAACACGGCUAGCUCCACCCAACAGAGGGUCCCGCCUCCUCCGCCACCCCCGCCGCCUCCACCCGCCCAAAAAGAACUGUUUGGAAGUGUGUUUCCCGCUCACACGCCGCUGCCCUCCCCCCAGGCAGGCGACUCCACCGCCUCCAGCCUCACCUCUUAUGACAGCGAGGUAGCAAAUCUGACUCAAUCCGCUCCCUCGCCCUCGCAGAAUUCUCCCAACCCCCCUCCUCCCCCCUCACCCUCUACCUUACGCCCCACAUCAACAAGCGGACCCCAUCCCCCGCCUUCAGUGUCGCCGCCGCCACCUGCAGGCUCCUAUCACAGACCCUUGUCCGUGUCCCACCCCCACCACCUGUACAACAGCAUGCAUGCGCCAGGGCGCUCCUCGCCCACUCCUCCCCCGCUCACUGUAACGCCUCCCCCCGCUUAUAGGGGACCCCCAGCACUUUCUUCCACUGCUGCCGUCUCUGCCCCUCUGCGGGGCACCGCCUCAUUUCCCACGACCACAAGCUGUGCCGCUACAACCACCGCUGCUGCCACCACAACAUGCACCUCCACUCAGCUCUACCACGAGCGAACGCACACCGCAUACGCAACCCCCUCCGCCGCCAUGCAAAGCACACACAGGACGGGAGAGCGCCACCGUCCUUCCCCCACUGCCAAGAAGGGAGAAUCCCAGGAGACUGUGGUGGACUCUGGCAUAGAAGAACUGGACAGCCGCAGCAGUAGCGACCACCACCUGGACAGCAUCUUGGCUAAUGUUCGGGGGGACCGGUUGGACCGAGGGGACAGAGGGGGAGGACGACUAGCAGGCGGGACAGUGGAAUCGGGGGAACGAGGGGAUUUUUUGGAAUCGUACAUGAGCUACCUGGAUGGUCAAACCUUUGAAAUGCAAAAUGCCACAGCAGCAGUCUCCACCUACCCAAAAACCAACAGAUUCAGGGAAGGGGGCCGCAGCAGUGAACUUCACAGACAGACCAGCACCGCCCCCGCGUCCUUCCACUCCCACCGGCGAAGAGGUGACCAAGAGGAGGAGGAUGUCGAGGAGGGGGACGCCACAGAAGAUGAAAGUGGGCAGGACGGGUAUGGGGCGAGAGACAUGCAGAAUUUGGGACGUCCAAACUCACCUUAUUUUGACCGCCCGCGCACCCCCGAGAUGAAUCGUCUCUGGGGUGAGGGACAGAUGGGCGGUGAAGGCGGGGGCCAUUUUGGGUCGCUUUUAGAGGGGAAGAAGAUGUACUCUCCUGGGGCGAGCAUGAAGCCAAACAUAAUCAAUGAGCUGAGCAGCAAGCUGCAGCAAAGGACCAAGGACACCUGGAGCAGCCAGAGAGCGCUGAGCAGACACAGAUUCUCAGAAGAUUCCGCCUCCGCUCUGAGUCCCCCAUCCGCUCGUUCACAGUCACCAUCUCCAAUCUCUUUAUCGCAGCCUUCCUUGUGCCCGUCCCCGACCCCCGCCUCCCAGUACCCAAACUGGGGUCGGUCCCCGUCCCCUCAGCCCCAAGCUGCCUCUCAGCCCCCACGUUCUCAUUCCCCGCUGUCCCCGACGUCUUACUCCCCUUAUCCCACUUCCCCUAAACAUCGACCCGUCUACCGGACCAAAGCGCUGGAAUUCCAGUUCAUCCCCAGUCGCGAGUCCCGCAAAUCUGACUCUCACAUGCUCCAGCGCAGGCGGGCGCCCAGUCCACUCAUCUCCCCGUCAGAGAGGCCCAAAGUGGGGCCGCCACGUCCGUCCUCCCUCCCUCUCCUCCCUACCUCGCCCCUGUACAGUGCCCUCUAUGACCUGCGAGGUUCAAUCACACCUCCCUCACCCGGUAACCCCCUGGGGGAUCCCUACUUCUCACCCUCCCCGCCCCUCUUUGCCCCCUCCGGAGCCCCGCCUCCUCCAAACUCAACCUUAGUCGUCUCUCGCUCUCUUUCCCCCACCCACUUCCUGUCCGGCACUUCCUCUCCGCCCCUGCAUCCGCGCCCUCCUCCCACCUGUCUGAGUUACCCCCAUCUACCGCCCCCUUCCCCCACCAAGCCCUUCGCCUCCAAGCCACUGCCCUACUGGACCAAGUAUGACGUGGCGGACUGGCUCGGGUACCUCAAUCUGGGAGAGCACCGCGAGCGCUUCCUGGACAACGAGAUCGACGGCACCCACCUGCCCUCCCUCACCAAGGAUGACUAUCUGGAUUUAGGCGUGACCCGUGUCGGCCACCGCAUGAACAUAGAGCGGGCCCUGAGGUCUGUGAUUGACAGGCUCUCCAGCAGCCCGUACCCCGUUUCGGUCCUCUCGCCUCAGGACGGACAGUCCGAGGGGAGGCUGGACGAUGGGAGUCGGAGCUGAGGUGGCGAGGGAGGGGAGUUAGUGAGGGCGGAAGGUUGCAACUGCUGAUGCCUGCGGUGGAUUUAACCAGGAAGCGGGAAACAAAAGGACCGCCUCCGUCGUCCAAAACGCACACAAAGGUCGACGCCGUGACCCCGGUGACCAUGGCGAAGCAAACGCGAGAGAGAAACUAUCAAAUUCCAUCUUCCUUCCAGUCUUCAGGUCCUGUGACUCCCCGCCGCCCCCAAACUGACGUGUCCAUCACUUUUAACGACUGGUCACUGUAUCAUGUUGUAGCAAAAAUAAGUGCCCAGACCGACAACAUAAAAAAUGGUACACACACACACACACACACUAUACACGCCUGCAUGCACACACACAUCCAAGUGUAUGGGACACAUACAGGUAUAUCGAAUAUAAAUAUAUAUAUAUAUAUAUAUAUAUAUAUAUAUAUGAAUAUUUGGGACUGCUUUCACUUGUUUGAAGGGACCCCACGUGAAGGACUUCCAUGUCUGUGCUCAAGUAGAGGGGCGGGGCUACAGGUGGGUUAAAAACUGCCAAUGUGACCGCCGCCCUGCCCCUGCAGACCAAUCCUGGAGGAAAGCGAACCGUUUUACUACUCGAAUCGUUCCUACACUUUUUAUCUGGAGCGUUGUUAGGAAAAGACGCUCCGUUGAUUUGACAUUGCAGUCGUCGUCCUUACUGUUAUUCCCACAUCUGAAGAUGACGCCGACACACAAAUAUGUACACAGGUAUUUUUGUUGAGCGCACUUUUGCUUCCAGGUCAGACAUUUGACGUCCUUUUUUUUUUCGGUCUUCCGUUCAUGCUUCAGUCUAGUUUGGACAGGAAAUGAUGUAAGGCGCUGGCUUGUUUGGCUGAAACGCAGUAAAGGGCUCUCUCAUGAUACUUUCCCCCGGCGCUAACGUGUGGCUGUGUGAGAGCAUGUUGCAUUCACGAAUAACAAUAAGGACAAUGAAGCUAAUGUGGUUUUUGGAUGGAAACGCUCCGAAGAAUCUCGUCUUCCAAACGCCGUGUGAAAAGAAAAAGGCAUAUUUUGUCUUUUUAUUAACUAACGCCUCUGCUUUCUAUACAGUUUGAGCCCUCCUCUCGACAGCCGCUUUCAUCUUGACACCAUUUUUUUGACCAGCAUGUUUAUGCAGAACCGUCCUGCUUUCAUCAGCAGCUUCAUCCUAAAAAAAUUUAAAAAAAACACACAAAACCAGGAGAGACAGGUACCUUCUACUCACUCCUGCACCAACUCUACUUGCUUCCUAAAAGUUCUUUAACUUUUUGAGGCUCGACUGCAUAGAAAGCAAUUGUUUUUGUUAAGAGAUAAUAAUAAAAAAAAAUGAACUGUGGAAAGAUAAGUUACAAUAUAUAUAGAUAUAUAUAUAUAUAUAUACAGGAUGUAUAUGUGAUAUGCAUAUACAUAUCUAUGAAAUCAAAAUGUUUUAAGAGAUGAAUUGUUAGAAUUAUAAUAAAGACACUCAAAG